AUGGCACGAUCAAGAUCCAGCUCUCGUCAUACCAAUGGUUCCCGCGGCACCCAGCCCGUCGUGAACGGGAAUGGCCCCAGCAUCCAACCGGCCACCUCCACCAGGUCAGGGGAGGAUCUGAGGGCCCAGCUCACCAACCCCCGCAGUGACGGAGCUCCAACGCCCGCCCCCCCUGUUCGGGACCUAGACCUCAUCCGGGAGGGGAUGGCGGUCUUCGAGCAAGCCUCCACAGGGUUGGCCCGAGUCAUGGCGGACCUCCGGGCGCGUAUACCUGCCGACCCAGGCGUCAACCGAAGGUUGCCUGCACCUCCUCAACCUCCCCCCACCCGGGGGCGCAGCGGUCCAAGCACCCAGCCGCCCCAGGCACCUGUCACCCAGGGGGAGGUCAAUUCACCCCGCCGGACGAACACACGAGGAGGAGGGGACUCACUACGCGACCGACGUCAGGAGGACGAUGGAAGGAGGUCAAACCAGACCAGGCCCGCCACGGAGAGGUUGGGCAGCCCGGUGCCAGCCCGAGAGAGGUUGGGCCCGAGGCCUGCCGCUAAUCAGCCUCCACCAGCAGAAUCCUGCUCCCGCAGGCAGGCACGACGACAAUCAGCCACCCGGAGGUCACCAGGUCGGGGGACCCGAGUCCCACAUCGGCGUGCGCAGGCCUCCCGGGUCGAACGAUCAGGGGAAACGAAUGGUAGAGCUCCGAGCUCCCAUCGGGCAGAGGUCGAGCAACUGCAGAGAAGGAUGGACGGGCUCCAAAAGAAGGUAGACGAGAGGGACGGAUCUCCAGAGCCCCAAGAUGUGUUGUCCUCCCCGUUCGCAAACGCCAUCAUAGAGGAGCCCUUACCUCGAGAUUUUUGCUUUCCCACCAUUAAAGCAUACUCGGGGACCACAGACCCACGGGCACACCUGACCAGGGGAGCUCGAAUCACUAGCCGAGUACCUCAGCAAGUGGAAGAAAGAGGUCAUGGGGUCGCCGACUUUGAUGCGAAGUCGACCAUAGUAAUUUUCCGGAACAACAUGAGGUCGGGCGCUUUUCACCAGGACCUCAUCAGGUACCCUCCCAAGACCUACACCGACCUGAUGGACAAGGCAGUGAGGUACGCUGACGCCGAGGCUGCCGAGAAGAGGAAGAAGGAGCAGGAAGAAGGAAGAGGUCGGAAAGACAAGGCACCCCAGGAGGAGCGCAAGGCGCCCCGACCACACCGACGUGAGUACGCUGAGGGGCCCGGAUGA